AUGAUUGUGCUGUUAUUCUUUGCCUUGCUCUGGAUGGUGGACGGAGUCUUUUCCCAGCUCCAUUAUACAGUGCAGGAGGAGCAGGAACAUGGCACUUUCGUGGGGAAUAUCGCGGAAGAUCUGGGCUUGGACAUUACAAAACUUUCAGCUCGCAGGUUUCAGACUGUGGCCAACUCACGGACCCCUUACUUGGACCUCAAUCUGGAGACCGGGGUUCUGUAUGUAAAUGAAAAGAUCGACCGCGAGCAGAUCUGCAAGCAGAGCCCCUCUUGUGUCCUGCACCUGGAGGUCUUUCUGGAGAAUCCGUUGGAGCUGUUCCGAGUGGAGAUCGAAGUGCUGGACAUCAAUGACAACCCUCCCUCCUUCCCGGAGCCGGACCUGACAGUAGAGAUCUCAGAGAGCGCCACGCCAGGCACCCGCUUUCCCUUGGAGAGCGCCUUUGACCCAGACGUGGGGACCAACUCAUUGCGAGACUAUGAGAUAACCCCGAAUAGCUACUUCUCGCUAGACGUGCAGACCCAAGGAGAUGGUAACCGAUUCACAGAGCUGGUGCUGGAGAAGCCACUGGACCGAGAACAGCAAGCGGUGCACCGCUACGUGCUGACCGCGGUGGACGGGGGAGGAGGCCAACCCGUCUACACGGUUUCCCUACCAGAAAAUUCACCCCCUGGCACCCUAGUGAUCCAGCUCAAUGCCACCGACCCGGAUGAAGGCCAGAACGGCGAGGUCGUAUACUCAUUUAGCAGUCACAUUUCGCCCAGGGCUCGAGAGCUCUUCGGACUUUCGCCUCGCACCGGCCGGCUGGAGGUGAGCGGCGAGUUGGACUAUGAAGAGAGCCCAGUGUACCAGGUGUAUGUCCAAGCCAAGGACUUGGGUCCCAAUGCUGUGCCUGCACACUGCAAGGUGCUGGUGAGAGUGCUGGAUGCUAAUGACAACGCACCGGAGAUCAGCUUCAGCACGGUGAAAGAGGCGGUGAGCGAGGGUGCGGCCCCUGGAACCGUGGUGGCUCUGUUCAGCGUGACUGAUAGAGACUCAGAGGAGAAUGGGCAGGUGCAGUGUGAGCUCCUGGGAGACGUGCCGUUCCGCCUCAAGUCUUCCUUCAAGAAUUACUACACCAUCGUGACCGAAGCCCCUUUGGACCGAGAAGCUGGCGACUCCUAUACUCUGACAGUGGUGGCCCGCGACCGGGGCGAACCUGCACUCUCCACCAGUAAAUCGAUCCAAGUUCAAGUGUCAGAUGUGAACGACAAUGCGCCGCGCUUCAGCCAGCCGGUCUACGACGUGUAUGUGACAGAAAACAACGUGCCUGGUGCCUACAUUUACGCGGUGAGCGCCACGGACCGAGACGAAGGGGCCAAUGCCAAAUUAACCUAUUCUAUCCUCGAGUGCCAGAUCCAGGGCAUGAGUGUCUUCACCUACGUGUCCAUCAACUCAGACAACGGCUACUUGUACGCCCUGAGAUCCUUUGAUUAUGAGCAGAUCAAGGACUUCAGUUUUCAAGUGGAAGCCCGGGACGCCGGCAGCCCCCAGGCACUGGCAGGCAACGCCACGGUCAACAUUCUGAUUGUAGAUCAGAACGACAAUGCCCCCGCCAUCGUGGCGCCCCUGCCGGGGCGCAACGGGACUCCAGCCCGCGAGGUGCUGCCUCGCUCUGCCGAGCCGGGCUACCUGCUUACUCGCGUGGCAGCCGUGGACGCGGACGACGGCGAGAACGCCAGGCUCACCUACAGUAUCGUGCGGGGCAACGAAAUGAACCUAUUCCGCCUGGACUGGCGCACCGGAGAGCUCCGCACUGCGCGCCGGGUCCCAGCCAAGCGCGACCCCCAGCGGCCUUAUGAGCUGGUGAUCGAGGUGCGUGACCAUGGGGAGCCACCACUGUCUUCCACAGCCACCCUGGUUGUUCAGCUGGUGGAUGGAGCCGUGGAGCCACAGGGCGGGGGCGGGGGCGGAGGUGGAGGGCCCGGGGAGCACCAGCGCCCCAGCCGCUCUGGCGGUGGAGAAACUUCACUGGACCUCACACUCAUCCUCAUCAUCGCGCUGGGCUCAGUGUCCUUCAUCUUUCUGCUGGCCAUGAUCGUGUUGGCCGUGCGCUGUCAAAAGGAGAAAAAACUCAACAUCUACACCUGUCUAGCGAGUGAUUGCUGCCUCUGCUGCUGCUGCUGUGGCAGUGGGGGCUCCACCUGCUGCGGCCGCCAAGCCCGGGCACGCAAGAAGAAACUCAGCAAGUCCGACAUCAUGUUGGUGCAGAGCGCCAACGUCCCUAGCAACCCGGCCCAGGUGCCGGUGGAGGAGACCGGGAGCUUUGGCUCCCACCACCACAACCAGAACUAUUGCUAUCAAGUCUGCCUCACCCCGGAGUCCGCCAAGACCGACCUGAUGUUCCUGAAGCCCUGCAGCCCUUCCCGAAGUACAGACGCUGAGCACAAUCCCUGUGGAGCCAUCGUCACCGGGUACAGCGACCAGCAACCAGACAUCAUUUCCAACGGAAGCAUUUUGUCCAACGAGAAUAAACACCAGCGAGCAGAGCUCAGCUAUCUAGUUGACAGACCUCGCCGAGUCAACAGUUCUGCAUUCCAGGAAGCUGACAUUGUAAGCUCUAAGGACAGUGGUCAUGGGGACAGUGAACAGGGAGACAGUGAUCAUGAUGUCACCAAUCGUGGUCAGUCAGCUGGUAUGGAUCUCUUCUCCAACUGCACUGAGGAAUGUAAAGCUCUGGGCCACUCAGACCGAUGCUGGAUGCCUUCAUUUGUCCCUUCGGAUGGACGCCAGGCUGCAGAUUACCGCAGCAACCUACAUGUCCCCGGCAUGGACUCAGUGCCAGACACCGAGGUCUUUGAACCUCCCGAAGCGCAGCCUGGAUCAGAGCGGUCCUUCUCCACCUUCGGCAAGGAGAAGGCCCUGCAUGGCACCCUGGAGAGGAAGGAGCUGGAUGGAUUACUGUCUAAUACACGAGCGCCUUACAAACCACCAUAUUUGAAAAUGCUGUGGAUGCAGCUGCGUGGAGAGGCUCAUUUGACGAAAGAUGGAGGCAAGCAAACAACCUCAUGA